UUUGAUUUUGGGGGGUGUGAAUGUGCAUGCUUGUGUCUGACUGCGUGUGUGUGCUGCCAUGCAGUCGUGCGGAGCAGGUGCCUCCCUGCCUGACUCAUGAGACCUCGCUGCCCUCACCGUGGGGCACGCCAGCCCUCGCCAGGAAGAGACAAGGCUACUACGGCACGUCUGGCCCUCCCGCCCCAGUCAAAGCCCUGACAGACCUGAAGCUCCACUUAGCAAAUCCCUCCCACCCUGCUUCCUCCUCGUCUUCGUCUGAUAUGGUGGUCAUCCACCCAGGGGCCGUCCUGGCCAUACUGGACCUGCUGCCCUCCGUCUCCUCUGACAGCCAGCCAGAGCAUGCCCUCGACCUGCAGCUGGCAGUGGCCAAUAUCCUCCAGCUCCUGGUGAACAGUGAGAGGAACCAGCAGGUGCUGUGUGAAGCUUGCCUCCACCAGCGGCUGUUGCAGCGCUGCAGUCAGGCCCUGGCCGAUGAAGACCACCCACUGCACCCGCCGUUGCAGAGGAUGUUCGAGAGGCUGGCUUCGCAGGCCCUGCAGCCGAUGGCACUCAGGGAGUUCUUACGUCUUGGAAACCCUCUGAACUGCGGUGCCUGGGACAAGAAGCUACUGAAGCAGUACCGGGUUCACAAACCGAGCUCCCUCGGCUACGACGCCGAGAUGAGAAACAGCAUGACCAUGUCCAUGGAGGGCUUUGGUCCCGACAGCGUCUUUGCCACACCUGCGGAGGACAACGGCCAGUACCGCAUCAGCCGCAGCCUCGUGCGCUCCGCCGAGGGCAGCACAGUACCCCUCACGCGAGUCAAGUGCCUGGUGUCCAUGACAACGCCCCAUGACAUACGCCUGCACGGAUCGUCCGUCACACCUGCAUUUGUCGAGUUUGACACCUCGCUGGAGGGCUUCGGGUGCCUGUUUCUGCCCAGCCUGGCGCCCCACAACGCUCCCACCAACAAUACCAACACCUCAGGUGUCAGCGAUGGAGCAGUGCUGAGCGGGAUGGGUACAGGGGAGCGCUUGUUCCCUCCUCCGUCAGGCCUAAGCUACUCCACCUGGUUCUGCGUGGAGCGUUUCAGCACAGCCCCUCAGGCCCACCCGGUGCGCCUGCUGACCAUUGUCCGUCGGGCCACGUCCUCAGAGCAGCACUAUGUCUGCCUGGCAGUUGUGCUGUCUGCCAAAGAUCGCUCGCUCACCGUCUCCACCAAGGAGGAGCUGCUGCAGACCUACUCAGCGGACGAGUCGAGUGAAGAAGCCUCCUUCUAUGAGAUCCUGCCCUGCUGCGCUCGUUUCCGCUGCGGGGAGCUGAUCGCUGAGGGCCAGUGGCACCACCUGGUGCUGGUCAUGAGCAAAGGCAUGCUGAAGAACAGCAUGGCCACGCUGUACAUCGACGGCCAGCUUAUCAACACCGUCAAGGUAAAGUUAUGGACUGAAUGAGAUCAUGCGUGCGCC